GUCUAGGUCCGGCCGGGCCGGACAAAUUGAGAUUGGACUUUUUACUUGGCCGUUGUCGUCGGUAGCAAGGUAAGGCAACCGCGGUUGACCAGACCAGCCAUCCGCCUCCGUAUCUCUCUCUCCUGGAGUCUCCUUGUCCUGACUUCGAUCUUCCUAAUCCCGCGUCUUUUAUCCGGCUGCAUCGUCGUCGAUCUUUCUCUCUCGCUGCUUGUAUUGUAUCUUAAGAGAUGGAAGAUGACAAAGACACCUACACUGUUGAUGAAGCACUUAAUCAUUUGGGUUUUGGAUACUACCAAGUCUUUGUUUUUAUCUAUGCUGGGAUGGGAUGGAUUUCUGAGGCCAUGGAGAUGAUGCUUCUCUCAUUUGUUGGAUCAGCUGUUAAAUCUGUUUGGGGGCUUUCUUCACAUCAACAGAGCUUGCUAACUAGCGUUGUUUUUGCUGGCAUGUUGGUUGGAGCCUACUCAUGGGGUAUGAUUUCAGAUACAUUUGGAAGGAGACGAGGAUUUCUAUUCACAGCUAUCAUUACUGCUGGAGCUGGCUUCCUUAGUGCAUUUGCUCCCAAUUUCACAAUACUCGUCAUUCUACGUGGGCUAGUUGGUGUGGGCUUAGGAGGAGGCCCUGUGCUUUCUUCUUGGUUUCUAGAAUUUAUUCCCUCUGCAAAUAGAGGCACAUGGAUGGUAGUUUUUUCAGCUUUUUGGACUCUUGGAACUAUUCUUGAGGCUUCUGUUGCUUGGUUUAUCAUGCCAAGAUUGGGUUGGAGAUGGCUACUUGCAGCAUCUGCAUUUCCUUCCUCAUUGCUGCUUUUAUUCUAUAGAAUGACACCUGAAUCACCUAGAUAUUUAUGUAUGAGGGGAAGAAACAGUGAAGCACUAGCUAUUCUGGAAAGGAUAGCCAGAUUUAAUGGGAAGCCACUUCCUUCAGGAGUUCUUAUUUCUGAUAACUAUAUUCAGUUAGAAGAAAAGUUGGAUGUUCCGGAUGAAACAAAGUUAAUAUCAACAGAAGACAAGUUGGAUCAUUCAGAUGAAACAAAGUUGAUGAUAUCACAAGAAGGAAAUAACAGUGUGGGUCCUGAAAAGACAGAUUCUGAAAAGAGUGGUUUCUCGUUACUAAUGAUGCUUCUUUCUCCGGAGUUGGUUAGAUCAACUUUACUUUUAUGGAUGGUUUUUUUUGGAAAUGCAUUUGCUUAUUAUGGGCUUGUUCUGCUAACCACAGAAUUGAACAACCCUAAUAAUAAAUGCAUACAUAAAGAGUUUAAAUCCAGUAAUCAUGAAGAUAUUAGUUACAGAGAUGUUUUUAUUACCAGUUUUGCAGAGUUCCCUGGACUUCUGUUAUCGGCUGCAACAGUUGACAAGCUUGGCCGUAAGCUCUCAAUGGCAUCAAUGUUCUUCCUGAGUUUUAUCUUUCUUCUUCCUCUAGCAACCCAUCUUCCACAGAACUUAACAACCGCGCUUCUCUUUGGAGCACGCAUUUGCAUUUCAGGAACCUUCACAGUUGUUUACAUAUAUGCUCCAGAGAUAUAUCCAACCUCCAUGAGGUCUACCGGAGUUGGAGUGGCAAGCUCCGUGGGAAGAAUUGGCGGAAUGGUAUGUCCACUUGUUGCCGUCAGUCUCAUUCAUUCUUGCCAUCAAACUAUAGCCAUCAUUUUAUUUGAAAGUGUUAUACUUCUCUCUGGGAUAUGUGUCUGUCUCUUUCCUUUGGAAACAAGUGGCGCCGAACUGAGCAAUAGUUUAUUUUCUCUUAAGCAAGCUACUAACCCUGCAUGAGUUUUUUUUACUCUAGUCGUAAAAUCCCUCCCCGACAUUGUUGUGAUACUUGGGUUGGAUUGGGUUGGGUAGGGUAGAGAGUAUCUUGAAAUCAUUGACAAGAGGAGGGAGACAGGAAUCAGGAAUCAGGAUAGGCAGGCAUUCUUUUACGAUUCUAUCUAUGGCUGUGUUGUAUCUUAUCCAUUGGCUAUUUUUCUUGUAGAAUAGAAUGUCUUGAGUUAUUGCAAUACACAGGUAGUUAGUUAGUUGUCUACACAUCACAUGUGCUUUGUUGUUGCUAAUGAAUAUUGUUUUGACAAUAUAUAUUACAUAUAGUACGGAAAAUA